AUGUAUGCAACACAUAGCACACGACCGGAUAUAGCACAUGCAGUCUGCAAACUUUCAAGAUAUACAAGUAAACCAAGUGUUGAACAUUGGAAAGCUAUUUCAAGAGUGCUUGGUUAUUUAAAGAAAACAAAGAAUGUUGGAUUAUGUUAUAAUGGUUUUCCUAGCACGUUAGAAGGGUUCUCUGAUGCUAAUUGGAUAACCAAUGAUGAUGAUAAAAAAUCCACAUCGGGAUGGAUAUUUACGUUGGGAGGAGGUGCUAUAAGUUGGGCAUCAAAGAAGCAGACUUGUAUUACACAUUCUACAAUGGAAUCAGAAUUUUUGGCAUUAGCAGCUGCUGGAAAAGAAGCGGAAUGGCUGAGAAACAUGUUAUUAGAUAUAAAGUUGUGGCCACAACCGAUGCCAACCAUUCCAAUAUAUUGUGAUAAUGAGGCAACAUUGAGCGUUGCUCAUAAUAAGAUAUAA